AUGCUAGUGGAUAAAGGAGUUGCUGAUUCAUUACUUAAGUGCUUCUAUCAUAAAAUAAUCGUUUAUAGCUAUCCUUCUGGAACAGUAUUAAGAAAUGGCACGGAAACAUUUGAAGCCUGGGAAGAUCCUUCUCCACCAGUCUACAUGCAGUUCUACUUUUUUAAUGUGACAAAUCCUUUAGAAGUGCUUCAAGGAGAUACUCCUCUCGUGGAGGAAGUAGGGCCGUACACCUACCGAGAAUACAGGCCAAGAGUGCAUGUUCAGUUUUUGGACAAUGGUACAAAAGUGUCUGCUCUGAACCCAAAGACCUAUGUGUUUGAACCUCAGAAGUCAGUUGGAGACCCUGAAGUGGACCUGAUUAGAACAGUUAAUAUUCCUGCAGUGACAACGAUGGAGUUGACCAGAUCAACCCCUCUUCGGUUUGCCACAGAGGUGCUACUAAUUCUAUACCAAGAAUCCCUGUUCACAGUACACACCGUUCAUGAAUUACUGUGGGGCUACAAAGACAGGCUCCUGUCAACCAUUCAUCUUUUGCAUCCUGAGACUGAUCCAGAGUUUGGUUUGUUUAACAAGAUGAAUGGAACUGAUGAUGGAGAAUAUGUUUUCCUAAGUGGGGAAAGGAGCUACCUUAACUUCUCAAGGAUUGUGGAAUGGAAAGGAGAAGAGUCAUUGACCUGGUGGACAACAAAGACGUGUAACAUGAUCAACGGAACGGAUGGGACAUCCUUCCACCCACUGAUUAGUAAAGAUGAAAGCAUUUAUAUCUUUUCUUCUGAUUUCUGCAGAUCUCUUUAUCUGGUGUAUGACAGCUCAGGAAGUGUUGCAGGCAUCCCAACCUACCGCUUUGUGCCCUCUCCUAAGGUGUUUGCCAAUACUACUGUUAACCCGGACAACGCUGGAUUCUGUGUGCCGCCAGGAAACUGUCCUGGCGCCGGUGUCCUCAACGUCAGCAUCUGCAAGCAAGGUGCUCCCAUAUUUCUGUCAGCUCCACAUUUUUACCAAGCAGAUGAAAAGUUUAUUGCAGACAUAGAGGGCAUGCACCCAAAAAAGGAAUAUCACGAGACGUUUGUGGACAUCAAUCCUCUGACAGGGCUCGUCCUGCAAGCAGCCAAGCGGAUGCAGAUCAAUGUUCAUGUCAGAAAAUUACCUGAAUUUGUUGAAACAGGCAACAUCCGAACACUGAUUUUCCCAGUGAUGUAUAUAAAUGAGAGUGUUCUGAUCGAUGAAAUGUCUGCCAGCAAACUCAAGCACGUCCUGCUGGAAGCCAGCGUUGUAACUGGAAUCCCCUUCGUAAUCAUGGCUCUAGGAAUUGUUUUUGGGAUUGUUUUUAUUGUGCUUGUGUGCAGGUCCCGUGGAAUAAGCGAAGAGAGCACUGAAGAUGAAAGGGCUCCACUCAUCAGGACAUCUUAGUAGAUUUUCCUUAACAUGUGGGCUUGGAGAAUAAACUAUUAGAGCUGACCUAAUACCAACUACCACUACCCAGUGUUGUCCACUGUGGGAAACGAUCGUGUCGAGUUUAACUUUUUGUGGUAUAGAGAUGGAAGAGAAUCUGCAGCAUCGUCAAAGGAGGAGACUUUUAUUACCAGCUAAGUUACAACUUUAAAACUACAUUUUAAAACUGCUUGAGAUCCUGCUUUUUUCAGCCCUGCAUUCUAUUUGUACCUGCACUGACAGCCAUAGAUGAUCAUAACCACUAUAUCAGUGAAAAGAAAAUGCCCUGAUUUGUUAUAAGAAUGACGCGGGUAAAAUUUGCAAAUGGCCUUAGGAAUGUGGGCUGCGGGAGUACCCUUUUAGCAGGGUAUUGUACACUACAGCAGGCUCCUGUGUCACCCAGGAACACUUGAAAAUUUUGCUGUAGGCCUCGUAUUGUCUUUUCUGUAGAGUGCUACAGGCUUCUUACUACCAGGGUGCGCUGACUGUUAGUAUCAUUGGCCCUUUCACAGGACUGAUUUGUAAAACUAAUCCAAAACAUUCACUGAAAUUUAGUUAAACAUACAUAGAUAUUAAGUAAAAAGAAGCCAAUGAUUUGAAAUGUUUUUCCUUACAGACCUCUUACCUGUUUUAACUGUGCGCAGGAUCCCAUUGCAUGUUAGUGAUACAUUUAUCCUUUAGUUUUUUCUUGAACUUAUAAAACAAAACAAAGCACAGCAUUGCUCUUGAUGGUGGAGGGUACAAAAUGGUAUUCUUUUUUCUCUGAUAUUUGUGUCACAAUUAUCAACUGUGAGGUGUAAUGUGAUCGAAGACUUGGCAGUUAAAUGUAUUGUUUAGGAUGCAAGCAGACCUCCACAUUAAGGUAUGUAUAGGGCCCUGAAAAGCCAAAAUGUUUUUUUACUUGUCAAGUGGAAACUCUGCUGUUUUAAAAACAAAGGUAUUUUUUCCCCCAGUGCAAGGAGUAUUUUCAUUGAGAAAAUAUCCAUGAGAUAAGAUAGUGAAUCAAAUUUUAAAAUGUAUUGUUUUUUUCAAAACAGAGGCAUUGUUUUUGGCAUUGUUUUGGUUUAUCUUUUUGCCUAGCUGACAACUGGCUCAGCAGUUUUGUUCAUCUGGAGCCAGUUCCAUCCAGGAACUUUCACAGUGAUGACAGUUAUUUAUUAUGUGUUGUCUAAAAGCGCUUGCCGCAGCCCAGGGUCCUCACAGUGCUGCAGUUCCAGCUUUGCCUGUUCCACACAAGGGGCAGAUUUGCCUCAAGCUGUGCUUUCAGCAGAAGGCCAGAGCCUAACAAAUUAGUAUCCUAAGCCAGGGCCCGAGCUUGCUGCUUGGCUGAGGAACAGGACUCCGCUAGGACAUUGCCUGCCUAUCUCCUUGUGAACUGUAAGCGUAUACCCCAGGAAUAAGAGACUCGUUCCAGCUUUUUACAUGCAGUCACCUCAGCGAAGCUGUUCUGGAGCAACCCCUCUCUUCGACAUCGUGGGCUGAAACUAUCAUCUCUACUCCAUGUCCCCCAGAUGUUGCCUUUUGGCUGUCUGGGCUGCAGAUAAUGCUCUGUGAUAACACUUUGGCAACUUUCUUUGCUCUACUUUAACCCAGACUGCUGCUCUUCUUGCCAUGUCCCGGAUGCCGGAUAUGUAGUUGGAGUCAGUCACCUUAGUGGUUUUGCGCUAUUCAUUUCCUUCCUCGGCUGAUGUCUGAGAGAAUCUGCCUCAUAGGGAAAGUCCAGUGGAUUUUCUUUCCUAGCUGCCUGCCAAGUCAUACCCUGGGGAGAUCUGCCUGCAAAUUAUGGUGUCAGGAAGGGGGCAGGGAAAAACUGCUGAUUCCAAUGUGAGGCAGCUCCCCACUAAGAUAAGUCUUUCUCAGGCAGAUAUGGAGAGACACCAGGCUGCGUGGCUACUAUAAUCAGCACAGUAUAGCCACGUGAGUGUGUAUCUCCUUCUCGAGUCAGUGUGCACUGACUUUUUGGGGGGGUUGAUUAGGCUCCAUCACGCUCUGUGCUAAAGGAGUUCGUUGCUCCCCUUGUAGAGCUGCCUCUGGUAUCUGUGUGCCACAGCAUGUAGGUAGGCUCCAAGGCAUCUAUAUUCAGAGUCUCGUCUGCUAACAGGCAGUUUGUCUUGCACAGUGUAGGCCGGAGACUCGGCAAGGCCUCAGUGUCUCCGUUCUACAAGCCAGGCCACUGCGCUCUAAAGGCACGCGAUCUGCCUUGGCUGCAUCUUGUGCAUGAGUGUCUAGACUGCAGCACAGAACUAAAAUCCUCAGUGAUGCUUCCACCAUUGCCCAUGGUUUUCCCAGUUUUAGUCUUAAUAAAUAAGUAAUAAGAUUCCUAGAAGGAAUAAGAUUAUUCUGAUCAAAUGAUAAUGUUUCAGAGGGUAAAAUCCCCCUUCCGGAGAGAAUUAGCGAGCAGUCCCUGCACCACAGGUGCUUUGGCCAAAGUGGCUUCAGCCAACUCCAAGGCAGAUGGGGGGGGUGACUUCAGAGCUGCAGCUGGUCUCAAGGACUAGGGAGCGGAGGCAAGCCAGAGCCUGACACAGGACUUCAGAGGUGGUAACUCCGUUCCUUGGGCUCAUUGCUCAGCCACUGUAAACCUCCGUGGCUCCUUUGCCAUCAGGGGAGCCGUUCCCCCUUACAUAUACGAGGGGCUUUGCCCUUCAGUGUUGCUCUCUUUCUGAAGAUGCAAGAUGAACAUCCUAGCUCUCUGAAUUACUGUUGCUAGCUGUUUGUUUGUGUGUGCUUCCCUAACAUGAUCCAGCACGUUAAGCUGCACUUCUCUUUUCCUUACUGAAUUGCUGCAGUACCUCCAUUCUGCGACCUGUUUCUGAGAAGUUUUUUUUUCCCUUGGGAAUCGUCUGUUUCUUAAAUCUGCAUUUAACCAAAAAGGAGGAAAUUUUCCUCCGCCUAAUACACAGGGAAGAUCUGGUUAGGUUCUGUAACUCUUUAAUUAUUUUUUCCUGCUCUACUAUUAGACACUCGAUUUAUUCUUGUACAGUCAGACUGUUUUUCUGCAUCUUCUCAGUUUUGGUGCAAGGGUGGAAAUUCUCACAGUGCUGUGGAAAGUGGCUUUCUACUGAUUUCAGGGCUGCUUUCUUCUCUGCUGGUGGUGAGGACCUGAGGGCAAAGUUCCGGCAAAAGUUGUCUUUAGUCUCUUGGUUUAGACACAGUUGUUCUGGGCUUCUGAACAUCUGAAUCUUCCAGCAACAGAUACUGAAGCAGACGGAUUUUCGGAAGACCGUAGCUUGACCUAGCCCUGUGCCCACAGAAGUCAGUUGCGUUCUGCUGUAGGCUCUGUGGGAUCCUCUGAAACCUCCCCUAUAAAUGGGUACAAAUUGACAGACAAAUGCUUAGCUGCUUGGAGGAAGGUACAUAAAUGUCUUAGUAAAAUGACUACAGAAUUUUAGAAAGAAACGAGCCUAAAAGAUGCCUGCUGGUUUGGCUGAUAUUUUAUUUCCUUUUUGGUUUAUUAAACCAGUGUAUUUCCAUGUGAUGCCUUGUAGUGGAGUCUUAUGCCCUCCUACUAAUACAGCAUCUACAAAAUAGCAGCUGUACUUUGGAAGAGCUGUUCGCAUUGGACACCAGGCUUUCCCUCACUAACUUAGACAUGGUGACAGUUUGGUGGUUCACGCAGUGGGGACAGUUAUCACCAAGAAUUUAUUGCACUAUUCUGGUGUGAUCAGUGGUCUGGCUAUUUUCUGUGACGCCAGGGUCUCUUUUGUUCUCUCUUUUUAUUUGUAAGUGUUCAAGAAAACACUAAAACAUGUAUUUUACUCCUGUGAGUGCAUCGUGUGUAUGAUGACAAUAACACUCGUGUGCCGGCGCAAGCUCCUGCGCUGCCCAGGGCCUGCAGGGUGGCUGGAGCUUUGGUUCCCCUGCUCCGUAGCACGCCUUCGUCCGCCUCCCGGCGCUUGGUGGUGACACGGGAGACGUACAGGGCUGCGAGGACGCUGGGCAACUUUGUGCGGGCGCUCGCGUAGGAGCAGGGGGAGCUGCCGCCUUUGCUAUCCAGGGAUGGUGGCGCUUCAACUGCACGGCGCAGCUGGGAGGAAGAAACCAUUGGCCCUUGUAAAACGUGUGAAGCCGUCAGCGUGCAGCCACCCUUGGUGUGAGCGGGAGUCCAGCACGGGGCAGGGUGCUGAGCGCCGGGGCGGCAGCUCCCCGGGGCACCCAGGCAUCUUGGUAAGAGUUGCACAUGCUGCGCCCAGCAAAGACUGGACACGUAAUCCCUCCCCUUUGCUGCUCCACAAAGUAUUAGUUGUUCUCGGAGCCAAGGAUGAUCCCGUGCAGCGUUUAGUUACUUACAAGUGCUGAAGACUUGUGGGGGAUGAUUGUCAACUUCGCUGAUUGUUUACUGAUUGUUUUUUAAGCUGAAGUUAUUUCCCGGUGGCUGACCAGAGGAGACACUUGAGCGCAAAUCACUGUGUCUGCACGCGUGGCUCACUUCUUGAGACGAGCAGUUUUUAUUUCCACUGUACAUUCAGAUCAGACGUCGCACUAAUAAAAGUUAAUGUUUCUAUUUAA